AUGCAAUGGUUGUUCCCUUUGGGUUCCAGAGCAGUCAUCCUCGUCUUGCGACUGGCAAGUCUCGACGGCAUAGCGAUGCUUUUCCCGCCUCUGCAGCUUCAGCCAGCACUUCUGCUCUUCUCUCUUAAGAGGCGAUGGUCCGAUCCCGUAAAACUUUGGUACAAACCACGUCGUCAGGCAGAACCUUUUAUUGACGAUGAUGUGGUCUAUUUCAUUAGGUUUUCCAAGGACCUAUGCUGUUCCAGACCUCGUCAUAAUUUUUUGGUAGCAAAUUUCAACGACUACUGCGAUGUGAACAAAAAUACAAUGAUUGGGAUGUGCUUCUCACCGUGGGAGUGA